CCGAAAACGGAGUUUGGCGCAGGCGGGCGAAAACGUUCAAAUUGCAGCCGCGGGCGGUUUUUUUCCAGUUCGCGUCAGGUUUUUCGCGCGGUACGGACAAGGUGCGGAUUUUACGAGACAGUUUUUCGGUCUACGAUGUCUCAGCUAUCGUAUCUGAUGCAGGUCACGGAGGAGCAGAAGGAGAAGGUGUUAAGAGAGCAUAACUUGACGCAGAAGGAAUUCGAGGAGAGUGUGGAGGUGCUCAAGACUUGGAUUAAGCAGAACGAAAAUAUCCCUAAAGAACCAGUCACAGAUAACCAAGUGAAAAUGGCUCUUCUGAACAGCAAGAUGAGCAUUGAACGGGCUAAAAAGGCCAUAGAAGGCUACUUGACCUGCAAGACACUCUAUUUUGACUUUUUCCAACAUAUGGUUCCAGAGGAGAAAUUUCAGAAAACUGUGAAACUCGGGAAGAGCAUCAUCAUGCCAAAGCUGCUACCCAAUUUGAGCAGACUGCACAUCGCCAAGAUCCAAGACACCCAAGCUGAGGCAGAAAACGGUAUGGACUACUAUUUCACAGCCAUGAUGAUCGCCGAAUUGAGGAUGCUGAACGACUUCUUCCUAUCCAGCUCGAUACUAGCAGAUUUAGAGGCGUUUGGCCUCAAGAAUCUCAUAAAAUUCACGCCAACCGUCAACUAUAAAUUGGUACAUCUGCUGACAUCCCUGAGUCUUCGAAUUGACACCAUUCACAUCAUCAACGUCCCACCAUUCUGGGAUAAAGCGAAUAUGCUCAUAAAAGCCAUUCUACCGACCAAAGUUUACGAAAAGAUCAAAGUUCACUACUCCUUGGAUGAGCUCCACGAACACAUCCCUAAGGAAUACCUACCCAGUGAUUAUGGUGGUACUGAGAAAUCACUGGAAGAAUUGCAAGAGAUGUGGACCAGGGAGAUCGAAUUACACGCUGACGUCUUCAGGCAACUGAUCAAUCUGAGGGCCAAGGAGGUGCUCAAGGUGCCACAGUUCACGAUGGACGUAGGGAUGGGCACUGAUGGUAGCUUCAAGAAAUUGGAAAUAGAUUGAUAGGGGAGGAACCGAAGAAUUGUUGUUUUGAUGAUAACUGAUAGUCAAUAAAGUCGUUAAGUUUG